GGGAUAAAAGGAGUCAAUAUGUAUGAUGAUGGCGUUCACCUAACCGGGCUUUGCAGGUUCUUCGGCAUAAUUGUGCAAACAAAAGCUUACUGCUUAGUUUAAUCACAUCAAGACUGAAUCAAAUGUCUACUGCACUCGUGAUAAACAUAUUUUCGAGCCCAGAUAUCAAGAAGGAGUACGAAAAUGUUGAUGAGCUUCUAAUGUUUCUCAAAGAAUCAUGCUGGUUGCAAGAGGGCAUCAAAAACACAGCUGGCGAUCCGGAGGAUCUCGAAAGCGCCUUUUUUGCCAAAGCAACUGCAGACAUUCCAGAUGCAUCUAACAUUCCAAAUGACUUACUGCAGAGUAAAAGUCAUUUGAAACAACUUGUUUUCUACCUUUUCGAAAGGCGGUUUGGAUGGUCUGAACACGAUACACUUGACGAGGGUAGCAAGAAAUUGCAAGAGCCAUCGUUCAGACCAAGCGCUUCUAACAGUUCUCCUCACCAUCGAUUCAGAUCAGGAACUUUACACAUAUCAGAGGAAUCUAGAAUCAAGAAAAUGCUCAACACUAAGUUGGAUGAACUGAUAGCAUUGUUUGAAACAGAAGAAACAAUAAGCUGUCAAAUUUUAGAUGCAUAUGCGUAUGCACUGAUUGAAGCUCGAAGUUUGCCUGUUGUAAGAAGUCAAUUAUUCUGUCACAUAUUCAACUGGCUAACCACCAUAACAACAGAUGAGAUGACCAUAGUCGAUAAUGUUUUCCAGUCAGUAAAGUCAAUAAUCAUUGCUGGUGUGACAGAUGUCUGGUCAGCAAUACGAAAUAACACUGUAACAAGAAUGAUGGCAUUGCUUGAGUCGCUGUCUGUCGACCACCUUCAAGACACUUUCUUUGCCUUCACAGAGAUAUGUGACGAUACCAACUCAACAUGGCAAGCCAAAGAAGGCGCCAUUAUGGCCAUUGCCAAUGUAAUACAGUGCUUCAAGUUGACAAUUGCAGACAAGUCCGCGCUUUUGAAGGAAGGCCCCGGUGAUGCACCAGGGGGUACAGUAAUCUGCAGAAAAUUUGGAAAACACUUCUUUCUGUCUCUACCUUCCUUCAUAUCCGAACCAUUGCAGAAAAUCUUGUAUAAACUGCUUUCGAAUUCCCAGCUCAGUAUCAAAGAACACGCAAACAGAGCUUUUUACUCUUUCCUUUUACGUUCCGACUUUUCGCAAAUCCUAAAGUCUUUCAAGGAAGUCCUACUUUACCUGGCACGAGGAGCUGUAUAUGGAAAAGAAAAGGGAAAAGGUGACUGGAAAUUCACUGAUGCUAACAAAGCCGAUGGAUAUAUCAAAGCGGCAGAGUUCCUUAUCAAGCAAGUUCCUACUGAUUACAUUCUGCACAACUGGCAUUUGUGCUUUGCUACCAUUUCCCAUUACCUGAUGCACCCAGCAUCAACUGUAAGGCAAGCCGCAAGCUCUGUCAUCAAAUACCUAGUUGCCAAACAAACCCCAAAACUGGUAAUGCCAAAUUUAGUUGCACAGAAUCUUGUAGCUGGUUGGAAGACAGACAUAGCCUCCUUGAAGGAGCCUUUCAGCUCACGUGAUACUUCCCCGAAUGCCCAAAAAAACAGCGUCAGAUGCAUUGAAAAGAAAAACAACUGGGAUGUUGACGUCACAGAGCUGUGGGAAUGGAGAGAAGGAAGACUUUUAGCAUAUGAACUAAUUUUGAAAUACUUGAUCACAAAUCACAUCCAUUAUACUUUUCCAGCCUACACCCUUACCCGCGCCGUUGUUUCGAGGAAUUCCUUUUCCGAAAGAAAAAAUAUUAGCAGUGAACACAAAUUUUCAGUGAGUCAUAAUUUUGGAUCGAGACGAGGCAGAGGGUUUUCAAGGCACGAGGCUCUCUCGAGGUCAUUGACAAUGGAAAGCGACCCGACUACACAGAGGUACAUUUCGUCUCUAAUCGAAAAAGAGAAAACAAAGAAUCAGACGCAAUCCUUGCUUGAAAUCAUGAAAAGAUCAGAAGGAGAAUCCUCCCACAUGAUCUUUGAUGAGUUGGAAAGUAGACUUCGAGAAAACGUUUGUCUCUAUAGUUCGGUUACUACUGCAUCCAUAAAAAAGUUGGAAGAUUUUAGCGAAGAAUGUGCAUCGUUGUCCAAACCUCCAGUUAUUGGUCCCGACCCGGUUCCAUUCGGAAGAAUACUCACUCAGAUAUUCGCUCAAACUCUCGAAUGCAUGGCGGAUACAAGAUGGGAAUUAAGACGCAUGGCUCAUCAGGUCUUUCCUUUGAUAUCUGAAACAAUUCGAUUUUAUGAUGCAAAGAUUUUAGAAAAUUUAUGGGAGAAGCAUUUGUCUGCCGAUGCAAGCAAACUUGGUUUUGGUGCUUGCGUCUCUCUGAAAUACUCCUUGGAACACGUGGCAAAGCUCGUGAAAUAUUUUGAAAAUCCACCAGGAUUUUGGAAAGACAUUGACAGAUGCAGGGUUGCGGCGAAGAGUAUUGUUGACAGCAUUAACGAUCGGCUCCCCGGCCUACUUGAAAAGACUGCUGAAAUCGUCUUUCGACCCUGCUUCGAUCGACUCACGAUUAUAUCAAUGGAAAUUAUACUGCUUUCUGUUAUUCAUUUUCCGCAGCAACUCAGUCAACAGUGCUUGAUAUCAAAAUUCGUUAAAAAAUCAGAAAUGCUCUUUAUGCAAGCAUAUCCACAAAAUCCAUACGCGCGAUACUUGCGGUCAACUAGAAGCGAACCGGUUGAAGAAUUUCAGUCUUCUUGCGAUGUACUUCUUAGCUGUGCUCCCAAGAAUGCAUCAACAGAAACACGAGCCCAGAAGGUUUUGCAUGCAUUUUUUGUCGAUGUCCAGAGGCUACUGCCAGCAUUUUUGCGAUGCUCGAAUUUCGAAGAUAUUGUUCAUUUGCUACCGAUAAUGUUAAUAGAGAUCAGUUCGCUGAUUGAAUUAUCCACGGAUGUUCAGCCAUUGAUGCAAGCUUGCCAUGUUCUACUGCGGGAAGACAGCCUAAAAUCAGAGGGCAGCAGUAGAUCGCUGUUAUCGACGUCAUCAUCCAAAAUGGUUUUGAACUUCGCCUGUGAAGAAAUCUGUCACAUACUUCAAACUAAGGAUACAGAGAUACAGCUGGUGCGUCAGUUCUUGGAUAUUUUGCUCCUAAUUCUGCGAAUGCAAGAAAAAGAUGCCAAUUUUCGAACAGUGUUUGCUGCAAUCACCUCCAAGAUGGCUUCGGAGAAUGAUAUACUCUCGGUCGUACAUGGUAACGAGGAUAGUGACGAUCAGGAUAUAGCAGAACCAGUUGAAGACGAACUUCUUCGAAUUCGCAUGCUGUCGAACGACAUUAGCCAAAGUCCAAUCGAGGAACUGCGGAUUGUCACCGAGGACGAUCAAGAAGAUUCGCCAAGAGAUCUCCCCGAAUCGCAGGCGCUCAGUAAAACAUUCGAUUUAAACAGCAAUUAUGAGACAUCAGACGAGCUGCGAAGUGUUUCUCCACUUGAGCGAGCCGAUUCUCCUAUGAAAGACGAUUACGAUUCGGAUUGGGACAGUUGGGAAGAAGAAGAUGAGGACGCUUCUCAGAUGCGGGCCGUUUUUGGGACGUUCCUUCGAAACAUGCAGCAUUGUGGCGGUAACGGACCCCCGAAAGAUUCAAUUUUCAAUCAGAGGCUACAAGCCUUAGACUUCAAAGAUCGCAAGUUAAUUGAAAGCUUGAUUGCCCAAGAAGCAAGCAGCAGCAAUUAAUGGUUCAUCAAACUCGCAACUGGUCCAACCAAUGUUUGGUUUUCCACCAUUGUAUUGUACAGUAACUGAUAACUGGAUGUGAUUAUCUAUCUAAAAGGGACAUUUUUCGAUUCUUUGUGAAUAAAUAUAAUAUCUAUCGAAUGCUGUCCAUACUUCAUCAUAGAUGCAGAUCGAAAAUAUAUUUAUGAAUUUGAGCUUCUCUUUUCGA